CUUGUGAUGUCACGGUUGCUGCUGCCGAAUGAUGCAUUUACAGAGCUCCUGACUGCAGAGUAAGGGAGGAUCCCCAGAAUAGGGCCCAGAGAGUGUGCCAGGGGCCCCAAAUCACAUGUGUUCACAGAGGAGCCCACAAUGCAGUGAAAAGCAAGAACCGAGCCACGUGGCUUCUUCCUGCCCGCCAUUUACUGAAAGCCCUCACAGUGGCGUUAUGAUGCCGCUAUUCUUCCGAAAACAAAAGCAGAGCGGCGAAGCGAGGAAACGGCUUGAAUAUCAGAUGUGCCUGGCGAAAGAGGCUGGCGCUGAUGAUAUUCUGGAUCUCUCAAAAUGUGAAUUGUCCGAGAUUCCGGAUGGCAUUUUUUCCACAUGUCGCGUGUUACAGAAAAAGGUCCUGAUUCUUCACAGCAACUUCCUAACGCAGCUUCUCCCCAAAUCAUGCCACAUUUCAGAUCUUGCUGCCUUGAAGGUCCUUGAUCUGCAUGAUAAUAAAAUGACAUCACUUCCUGUUGACGUUGGUUCCCUGACAUCAUUACGGGUGUUAAACGUUGAACGAAAUCUCCUUCGGUCUCUUCCCGACUCAAUUGGAGACUUAGUGCAGCUUCAGACUCUCAAUGUGAAAGGGAACAAGCUGAAAGUCCUUCCUCAGACGGUGGGUGGGCUGCGCAGCCUGCGGACGCUCGAUGUCAUGGAAAACAGACUGCAGGAACUCCCUCAAGCGCUUGCCCAUGUCCGAACUCUCGAGAUGCUAUCUCUGGACACGGCCGGCAUGGUCUAUCCCCCGCGCUCUGUCUGCGUGGAAGGAACAGAAGCUAUCCAGCAGUUUUUGUGCAAAGAGAUCGGCAUUGAAUACUGUGCGCCCUCGCAGUAUCUGCUCUCCGUCCUGGAAAACAGUGCGGGAGAAGGGGACUCCGUGGACGGGGCACCUGCAGCGUUCCAAGCAGAGGAGGUGGAGUGGCAGAACAAAUUCUCAGAAUACGAAAGGAGAAAGGAACAGAAAAUGCUGGAAAAACUGGAAUUUGAACGUCGUCUGGACCUGGGGCAGAGAGAAUACGCACAGCUUGUCCAACAGAACAACACGCAGAAAGACCAGAUCCUGCAAUCCGUGAGACAGGAGCAAUCACGGCUCGAUAAAGGACUGACCCAACACCAAAAGCAGCUCCACAACGACCGACGGGAGCUACAGGAGCAGCUUAAACAGAUGGACAAGAGAAUCUCCUUCCGCAUCUCAAAUCUGCUGGAAGAAAACCAGAGACAGAAGCAAAGUGCCGCCAUUUUGAAAUCUUUGGAUGACGAGCGGAUAAGAAUGGAGCAGCUCAUGGCAAUCACACAAGAAGAGGCGGACAAUCUGCGUCGAAAGGAAGUAGCGUCCGCCAUGCAGCAGAUGCUCACGGAGAGCUAUAAAAGCCGCCUUCUCCAAAUGGCUUAUGAGUCCCGUCGCCAGGAGAUGGUUAACCAGGCAUGCUCCAGCUUGGCAGAUAUGGAUCAUAAACUGCAGCAAAUUCAGGUCUGGCAACAACUGGAUCAAAGUAAAGCCAUCAGUCAGAUCUUACAGGAGUCGGAAAUCCAGAAAGCUGCGUUCGAGGCUCUGCAGCUUAAAAAAGAUCUGAUGCACAGACAGAUAAGAGAGCAGAUUAUAUUAAUAGAGACUGAGUUAAUGCAGCUGACUCACCUUGAGAUAACCAGGCAAGAACUGGACACCGAGGCACUGCAGGAAGAAAUCUCAGUGCAACGCCGCACACUCAGCGAACUCUUACAACAACUCCUGAAAGAUAAGAAGCAGAGAGAGGAAGAGCUUCUGGAUGUGUUGCGCCAAAUGGAUGCGAAAAGUGAAGCCAAUCAGGAGAAUUACUGGUUGAUCCAGUAUCAGCGCCUGCUAAACCAGAAGCCGCUGUCUCUCAGACUCCAGGAAGAAGGAUUGGAGCAAGAGUUAGUGAGUCUCCUGAAGGAAGUUUCUGCAGAGAAGUACCUUCCGAUAUUCGCUCACCAUCGUUUCUCGCUGGAGAUGUUGGAGAAGAUGACGCCCAACGACCUUAAAAAGCUUGGAGUGCAGGAAGUGGGACUACAGAUUUCCAUCAUCGAUCGAGCAAAAGAGAUCUGGAGACUCAGAAAAGAAAAACUCAAAGCUGUGGAUAACAUUACACCUGUUGAACUAAAGCCAAGUGUACCUCAAGAAGUUGAGCCGAGUGCACCCCAAGACGUCCAACCCAGCCUCGAAUCUCCUUCUUUCCCCUUAAACGAAGUGACCAAUAGUAACUCUGAGUGCGUCGUCUGCUUGGAGCAAGAGGCUCAGACCAUAUUUCUCACCUGUGGACACGUGUGCUGCUGCUCAAAAUGUGGGGACGCCCUCCAUACCUGCCCGCUGUGCCGUGGGGCGAUUACGCAGCGCAUACGGAUAUAUCACAGCACCUAAGAGACAGAGGUCGAAGCAAGAAACUCCCCAAAAUCGGUUCCCUGCUCGUUAUUUCUGGUUCCAAAAGACACGGAGGAGCAGAAAGAUGGGGGACAAAAUUCACUGUUUCUGGGAAAGGGGGAGCCCGCCUGCAAUCGUUUUAACCCUUUGUUUCUUGUUGUGUUUCCUAGUUACCCAGCAAUGUGAACAAGCUGUUACUUUAUAUGGCUGAUUAACUUAAUCCAGAUAUCACUGCUUGUCAGCUGUCUGUCCCCAGUGUGUCUGUCUGUCCUCUCUAUGUGUGGAAAGGUGGAAAUCAAUAUGCUGCACCGUCUAUCUGUAGUGUGUAUCUACCCGCACAGCUAGCAUGCUGCAAACGUGAUCCUUCUCUGAGUUCUGCUGGCAAUGCUUUGUCACUAAACUCCCUACAUAUCUGUAAACACGGCCCUCCUCUCCGUCCUGUCACUCCGUUAGUGUAUAGUGAUGUGGAGUAUCUCUCCUAAAUAGCUGACUUCUCUGGGUGAAUGAUGAAGAAUUCCUGAUCCAGAAACCUUCCAUUUAUUUAUUUCUUGAUGCGCUGGUGUGCUGACCCUGAAUGCUGAAUUAAUUUUAUACUGAUUGAUGCUUAUGCAUAAUGAUGCCAAGUAUCUUGCUAUAGGUGUAGCCCUAUCCCGGUCCUUUACAGAAUAUCUGUGAAUAGCUGCCCAAUAGGAAUUUGGGGAGGUUUCUUUCCUCCUUUUCCAUUCCUAUGGCAUGCGCCCCAACAUUGGGAGGUGUGAAAUCAGGACAGGGAGUGAGUGGGUGGUGCAAAAUCAGGACUGUCAUGCCAGAUCUGGGACUCUUUGGAGGUAUGAGUGUGAAGUUACUUGUGUUUUUGUAUGUUGAUGCUGUGUGUGUGUCGUACCAGCUGUAAAUGAGCCUUCUGUCUGCACUGAACAUAUCCCUGGAAUCGUAGUCGUUUAGAAAUAAACUGCUUCUGCUGUAUAAUGAUGCUGAGUAUCCCAACAUGCAUUUCAGUGUGGAAAAGAUAUUUAUUACAUUAUAUUACACAUUUCUUUGUGUGUCGGGAGCAGCCAUCUAUUUAUCAUCAAUAAUUAUCUAAGAAUAGCACUUUACAUAGCAUUAAGCGAAAUAGCUGUAGUGAAAUGGGCAGUAUACGAUGUGUGCGCAUGCAUGGAAUAUCCUUUAGAUUAGUGU